CAAGUUCCCCCCCCCCACCUUGCUUGGGUCCCGGUUGCCUGCUCGCCAUCACCACCUUAUUACCUUGCCUCACCUAUCUGCCUGCUCGCUUUCCGCUCGCCUCACGUCUUUAUUCCCCUCUAUUUUGGCGAGUGCAGCAUCUAUCCUGCUCUGACUGUCGUCUCCCUACCGGCCCCUUUUGGUCGUGGGCGCGCGCGUCUUGAGACCUUCUGCUGCUGCUGUUGCUGCUACUGCGACAACGACGACGACGGCGGCGGCGGCGGCGACGACAACGGACCCUAACAACGAAGCGUUGCGAGAGCUCAAGCUCCCCCCAGUCCACCCCAGAAGCUACCUGGGCUGCUGCCAGAUUUCGGCAAACGGGCAGCCAAAAAGCCAAGGUAGGUACAUCAACUUGCCCAGGUACCUCCUUCCUCGGCGCGAAUACAAUCAAUCACAAAAGCGCCUUCCCUAUCUUACCUUGAUUACCCGCCCUGCCUCCACUACCAGUGGCGCCCUUUGAUUGAAGCUUCAACCCCCCCGCCACCGGCGCCGCCGCUUCUCUUGUUUCUGUUCUCCUCCUUCAACUGUUCCAUUGCCUUACCUUUUACUUCACCGCCUCUCCAUCCAUCCCCCCAUCUGUCUGUCAUCCAUCACCGUUGCUCAGCCCUGCCCGAGAAAGACACCAUUAUCCCACCCAACCCCUGCCUGUGCCCUCUGCACGCGAGCCGACGCCGACGCCGACGCCGCACCGCCCGCAGAUUUGCGCCGCUGGCGCCUGAAGCACAGCUCAGCACGCGAAAAGGUACCUUGCUCAUUCUUUGGUGGUUCGCCCGCACGACCCCUCGUCCUCCCCUCCGUCCGCUGUCUCCGCCUCUCACCAAGCUCUCUACCCUGUCAUCCUUGCUUGGCCGAGGUCGCUCUGCCGUCCUGUCGCCGACUCGCCACAGGUUUCGCCAAGCUCACAACUUGCAGUGCAGGUACGAAGCACGUCGCGCCGUUCCCCCUGCAUUCGUUUGUUCGCUUUGCUUUGCCCGUGCACUGAGCUGCCUCUUUCUUGUUGCGCGAAGUCGCAGCUGCCCUCAAUUUCGCCCCUAGUGACCGCCCAAUGACGUCUGCUGGGGAUGCGGUUCUCUUUCUGUCGCGCUGCACCACCUUGUCACCCCUCUUUCUAUCCCUGUGACAUCGAGACAAGCGAGCAUUCGUGCCGUUCUUUUCUAGAUUCCUUGGUAGUGUCCUUUCCUAGCUGGUCGAUCCUCAAAGCCUCCAGCUUCCCGUCGUUGAAGCAUCCAGCCCCGCCGCCCUCACUUCGCCGUCCGUCGCCGGUCCCAAGCCAAUGCUAACUUGCCACAGCUCUUAAGAAGCAUCAAUUGUCCUUCUGGCCGAUUGUCCCAGAUACUCUGAAACGUUUGCAAAGAGGUCUCCUUUCGUCUACAACUCUCGAAUUCGAGACACUGAAUUUCUUACCCACGGCCGUUGCAGACGGGUGACACCGGCGCGACAGCCUUCACGCAGCUCAAGUCAACACUGCCGACGUCCGCUCACAACAUCAUGUCUGGCCCUUUCACGAGCCCGUUUGGGGCCAACGCCAACCCCUUCGGUGCCGAUCGAUCCAACACUAUGCAACGCGUCGCUGAGGAGGAUGAGAACGACACCGUUGGUGCCUCGAUUGAGCCCAGCGGCGGCUCUCUUUUUUCUGGCGCGUUUGGGGGCGACGCCUCCACCGAAGGGCCUUCAGCGCUGCGACACGCGCAGGGCCCCGACAGCUACCCUGCCCAGUACAAUUUUGCCCGUCGCACGUCUGUGUCUGCGGAGUCGCUAAAACCCAGCGCUGAUACGUAUGACAAUUGGUCGCCGCCUUUCCACGAGAAGACUCCAGAGCAGCUCGAGCGGCUGAAGCGUGCCAUCGAAGGCAACUUUCUUUUCAGUCACCUGGACGAGGACCAAAGUGCGCAGAUUCUCGGAGCCCUAGUUGAGAAACCCAUUCCUGCCAAGGGCAUCAAGAUCAUCAGCCAGGGUGACGCGGGCGACUUCUUCUAUGUUGUUGAGAAAGGCUCGUUUGACGUCCAUGUAAACCCUAGCGGCACCAUUCAACCUGGGCCGGAUGGCCUGGGUGAAAAGGUUGGAAACAUCCAGGCUGGCGGUUCGUUUGGCGAGCUUGCGCUCAUGUACAACGCGCCUCGCGCCGCGACGGUUAUUUCUGUGGAAUCCGGAUGCACGCUCUGGGCUUUGGACAGAGUCACAUUCCGCCGAAUUCUGAUGGAAUCAACGUUUGCCCGGAGACGAAUGUACGAGAGCUUCCUCGAGGAGGUGCCUCUCCUGUCCUCCCUAACACCAUACGAGCGCUCCAAGAUUGCCGACGCACUGGAGACGCAAAAGUUUGUCCCAGGAGGGGUCAUCAUCAAGGAAGGGGACCCGGGUCACUCCUUUUACCUCUUGGAGUCUGGAGAGGCAGACGCGUACAAGGGAGACCCCAGCAACAAGGUUCUUCAUUACAACAAGGGCGACUUCUUUGGCGAGCUGGCCCUUCUCAACGACGCGCCUCGAGCCGCUAGUGUUGUCGCUACGACGGACGUCAAGGUGGCAACGUUGGGCAAGAAUGCCUUCCAGAGACUGCUCGGCCCCGUCGAGGGACUCUUGCGAAGGACUAGGUAUCAGGGAGUCAAGACGGGCGUUGAGGAGAUGGAUCCGCUGCACAGAGGGUAAGAAGUGCAUUGGAGAAUUGUUCGUACAGAGAGAGGCGACGUGUCGGGGUUUGUUACAGUCGAGCUGACUGCCACCGCGCCACGGGAACGGCCGACACCCCGCGUGGGGG